AAUUCUGGAUUUUAAAGAUGAUUAUUUCGAGGAUAUCAUAUAUUGUGUCUACUCCUUUGAAAAGACCUAUAAAGAUUAUGCCUUAUGUAUUAGGAUAUCGCUUUUAUGCCUCUGGAACUAAAGAAUAUGACAUAGCGGUUAUUGGAGGCGGGCCAGGUGGAUAUGUUGCAGCAAUUAAAGCGGCGCAGUAUGGAUUAAAAACAGUAUGUAUUGAAAAACGAGGAACACUUGGAGGAACAUGUUUAAAUGUUGGUUGUAUUCCAUCAAAAUCAUUGUUGAAUAAUUCGCAUCUUUUUCAUAAAAUAAAACAUGAUACUAAAGAUAGAGGAAUUGAUGUUUCUGAUGUAAAAUUAAAUUUGGAAAAUAUGAUGAAGUCAAAAAAUAAUACAGUAGAUGCUUUGACUAAAGGGAUCGAACAUCUUUUUAAGAAAAAUGGAGUUGAAUAUAUUAAGGGUGUAGGGAAAUUUUUAAAUCAAAACGAAAUAGAUGUUAAAGGAGUUUAUGGACACAAAGAUCAAGUUCUCAAAGCGAAAAAUAUAAUAAUUGCUACGGGUUCAGAGCCUACUGUUCUUCCUGGUAUUGAAAUAGAUGAAAAAAUUAUUGUUUCUAGUACAGGUGCAUUGUCUUUAGAAAAAGUUCCAGAAAAGAUGAUUGUGAUCGGAGGAGGGAUUAUUGGACUUGAAAUGGGUUCAGUAUGGUCUCGCUUAGGUUCUGAGGUUACUGUUGUAGAAUAUGAAAAUUUUAUAGGGGCAGGAAUGGAUGAAGAGAUUUCUAAACAGUUUACAAGUAUAAUUAAAAAGCAAGGAUUAACAUUAAAAGUUGGUACAAAAGUUUUAGGUGGUACUGUUGAAGGAGAUAAAGCUAAAAUAGAUAUUCAAGUUUUAAAGGAUGGUAAAAAGGAAAUUUUGGAUGCUAAUGUUGUUCUUGUUGCUAUUGGAAGGAGACCAUAUACUGAAGGACUUGGCUUGGAAAAUAUUGGAAUAGAUGUAGAUGAAAAAGGACGUAUUGUUAUCGAUUCAGAAUAUCGUACCAAGAUUCCUCAUAUUCGUGUUAUUGGUGAUGUUACUUUUGGUGCAAUGCUUGCACAUAAAGCGGAAGAAGAGGGUAUUGCAGUCGUAGAAUAUAUUAAAUAUGGACGUGGCCAUGUUAAUUAUAAUGCAAUUCCUUCUGUUAUGUAUACGUAUCCUGAAGUUGCAUGGGUUGGGCAAACAGAACAACAGGUCAAAAAGUUGGGAAUUAAAUAUACAAUUGGAAAGUUUCCAUUUAUUGCGAAUUCUAGAGCGAAAACAAAUGUUGAGACAGAUGGAUUAGUUAAGUUUAUUACAGAUACAGAGACUGAUCGUAUUCUUGGAAUUCAUAUUAUAGGUCCAAAUGCUGGAGAAAUGAUUGCAGAAGGUGUAUUAGCUAUAGAAUAUGGUGCAAGUGCUGAAGAUAUUGCUCGAACUACGCAUGCACAUCCAACAUUAUCUGAAGCAUUUAAAGAAGCUGCUUUAACUGCUUGGUCAGGAAAAGCGAUUCAUUUUUGA